CUCUCCAGCACGCCUAUCCAGUCAGGAAAAACCAAUAAGACCAGGGAGUGCGAGACCAGGCCCGCCCAUCGCUCAGUCAGAGGGGCGGGAGAGGCUGUGGCCAUUCCCCCCGCCUUCCCUGCUCCGUGGCUUGUUCCCUUCGGGCUGGCGCCUGGGACCCAACCAGGAGACAUGGGCGCUACCUGGGGUAGUCCCGGGUGGGUGCGGCUUGCACUCUGCCUCGCGGGUUUAGUCCUCUCUCUCUACGCGAUGCACGUGAAGGAGGCGCGUGCCCGGGACCAGAAUUACCGCGCGCUCUGCGACGUGGGUACCGCUAUCAGCUGUUCGCGUGUCUUCUCCUCUAGGUGGGGCCAGGGCUUCGGACUGGUGGAACAGGUGCUGGGCCCCAACAGUAUCUUCAAUCAAUCCAACAGUAUAUUUGGUUGCAUCUUCUACACACUACAGCUGUUGUUUGGUUGCCUCCGGGGCCGCUGGGCAUCUAUUCUGCUGGUACUGAGUUCCCUGGUGUCUCUCACUGGUUCUGUCUACCUAGCCUGGAUCCUAUUCUUCGUGCUCUAUGAUUUCUGCAUCGUUUGCAUCACCACCUAUGCCAUCAACGUGGGCCUGAUGGUGCUCAAUGUCCGGGAUGUCCAGGGACCCCAGGACAAGGUCAAGGGGCACUGAGCCCUCACCAAAGCCAGGCUGACUUCAUCUGCUCUGCUUUGGCAUGUCAGCCUUGCCCAAGGGGAACACAUCUGGGUCCUUGGAAGAGUCUGCAACUCGCCUCAGCCAUACUCCCAACACAGAACAAUGGAUCAAAUGUGCCACACUCUCCAUCCUAGUGCCUCUGGUUCUGUCCUCAGGAGCUGGUUUUCAAAGCUUCUGCUGUUGCCCAAGGAGGGAAGGUUCUAAGCAAUAAAAUUUCUUUAAUAAAUUGGCCAAA